GCCGGUGCGCCCCACCCAGUUUUAUGUUUAAUCCAUGUGGAUUCUGGAUGGAUAUGUUCCAGGUACUUUGCCGUGAAUGUUAACUAAAUAUAGACUAGACUUUAUAGUAGCCUAAUGUCAAAUAUUGACCAGGGUCUCCACCUAUGGAGCUGCUUUGUCAUUUGUGCGCACUAUGAUAUCUUGAAGGAGAACGUUGAGACAGAGCAGUAGCUUACGCAUUGACAUUCUACUACUCUCGCUGCUAGUCAGCUACAUCGACGUGGCGAUGAGAAACGGCGGAAGGCGGACCUUGCCGCAGCAAAGCGCUAUAGAAGUAGAUUGUGAGAUAUUGUUAGGGCCGCGACACGUCCCUGGUAUCCACGUGUACCCUGUCAUUGAUCAUAACAUAGCACACUAGCGAUCGCAGUAGCCUAUAGCCUACCGACCGACGACCAUCGGCUCUCACUACGAGGAGAAGCAAGACAUCAGUAUCAAAGCAAGCCCUGUCUUCAGCGUGGAAAUGUUUGCGGCGGCGGUGGUCCCCCUGCUCCUCGCACCGCUCCUCAUCCAGGGUGCUCCGCAGGGUCAAGAACCUGAGAGGUCAGAGUCCACUGGUGACAGUCUGCCUCUUACGCUGGUCAAUCCCUUUGGUUCUGCAGAUGAGAGCCGCAGACUCUUACAGAGCUAUAUCAAGGCUAAUUUGAACGAACAGGCAAAUCCAGAUGUCAGUACUCGGGAACAAGAGGUCUUCUUCCUCUUCUCCCUUCAUGACUAUGACAAAAGCGAUCAGCUGGAUGGCCUUGAGCUAAUGAAGCUGUUGUCAGAUUUUCUGUCACAUCUUUCGCAGACCCCCAAAUCAACUGAUGGAGUGGUUGCCAUGGUGGACUAUCUCCUGCAAACUCAGGAUCAGAACCAGGAUGGCCUCCUGGCUCCGUCCGAGCUGCUCUCCCCACCCAUCCAAGCCAGCAAGUUGGAGCCCAUCCCGGAGGCUGACCCGGCAGUAGAGUCCGACUCUGCAGGUGGUGCCCAGGAUAAGCCGAAGGAAGAGGCCUCCCCGCAGCAGGACGGACCAUCUGACACUGCCAAUGAGCAGGAGCAUCCGCAAGUGGAGGGUGAACAGCAAGUGCAGCCGCCUAAGGAGGAGAGAGGGGCACAGGGGGAGGGACAGGCGCCUGAGGAGCAGAAUGUGGGUAACCUAGGAGACGCAGAGGAGAAGGAACAGCCAGAGGCAAAGGCUGCCGAAGAACAGCAGCAGCAGGCUGAGGGGCAGAGGUUAGAAUCGAAUGUCGUGGAGAACCAUCCGAAUCAUGCUCCUGUGCACCAAGGACAGCCUGAGAUGUAGAGAGGGGACGCUGCUUGUGCUGUGUGCAGUGCCGGUGGUCUGCCCGUGAGUAUAAUGCCUAUGCAGACUGGAAACAGGAGUCAGCCAUAUACAGUAGGACAGACUGUUAAUGGAUGCUGUGGUUGUCAUGGCCAAGUGAUUCAAAACAAUUCUGUCUCACGUUGCCUGGAGAAAGUUUUUUUUUUAUCAUUAUAUAUAUAUUUUUAAAUAAUUCUGGAUGGAAAUUCAACAAAAUAGGAAUAUCAUUGCUUGAUUUUAAAAUGCAGGAUGGAAUCUUAUUUAAUACCUGCCCAUAUUAAUAUUUAAAUAAUUUCUUGAUAAAUUGUUGACAAUUAAUGCACUUUACACCACAUACACUUCUAUAUGGUCAUCAGUAUGUGCAUCCUAAAACAACUAUGCAUUUUCAGACAGAAGGUCUGUAAACAGUGUUUGUGCCUAAUCUUCAUUUCUUUAGAGAAUAGAUUUGUUCCCAGUCUCAAAUUUACUUUCAGUGCUGUGGUACACUUAAGUAGUCAAUCACUUAUGUAUUUGCACUAUUAACUAGACUUGAUUAAUUGCGUUAUGCUGCCAUAAGUCAUGUUUGCCACACUAUGGGGAUUUUAUAUCUAAUGUGUAGAAGUCUUUUGCUGAUUGAUUUGUAUAUAAUUGUGUGUGUAUGUGUAUUUAUGGAAAUCGACCCUUCAUUACAGCUAAACACCACAACCAAUGGGAUAUGACUAGAUUGUUUCUGGAACACCACUCACUGUUUAUUCCCACAAAACAAGUCUUACUCUGUCUGCUGUAAGAUUACAUGCGUUUAGAGUUUACAUUUCUUCACAAACACAAAUCCAAUGCAUAUAAUGCAAACAAUACAUGUGCGUUUGAGGCA